CUGGCGUUUGCCGCACACAGUGCAUUCAUGAAGGCGCAGCUGUGCGCUCCCCGCGUCGACUUCCCAGCGGUUCCUCCUCUCGGCCACGUCCUUCUCGCCGCUAUGUGCUCCAAGCAUGCUGUAUAGCAGCAAGCAGUUGCCACCAUCAUGCAGGAGCCGUAUAAGCGCGUGGGUUCAUUCCGCUGUCAAUGCGAGUGCUUCUCAGUACCUCGAAGCAUGAUAAAAGUCAUCGUCAUUGGUUCUUCCGGCGUCGGGAAAACAUGCUUUGUGAGGACGUUCAAGAAUGGUACGGGAAGCACGCUGCCUACCAACCCUCCUGCAACAAUUGGUAUGGAUGUUUUCUUCAAAAAGGUGAACCUGGACGGAGAAAAUGUAGUAUUGGAUAUAUGGGACACUAGUGGAGAAGAAAAGUAUUGCUCUCAACUUCUCAGCAAUACCUUCCGGAACGCAGAUGGAGUGAUUAUCAUGUACGACACCACUCGCCAUCAUACCUUCAGAGAGGUGAACUACUGGACAGAUCAUGCAAAGUGUGCGUCUUCGAACGACAACUUGAUUCUUUUUCUAGUAGGCAACAAGGCAGAUAAGGAAAGCUCCAGAGAAGUGGCGCCUACGGACGCAAGAAAGCUCGCAAAGUCCCUUCACAUGGAAUUCUACGAGGCGUCGUCCUUUGAGAUACAGACUGUGGAUGACAUCUUCAUGAACAUUGCAAAGAAGUGUGUUGGUGUUGCUGCAAAGGCAGCGUUGUCGUUGCAACAUAAUUCAAACUCCAGUACACCUGAAGUAAGCAUGAGGCUGACGGACACUCCGAAGGAGCAGAAAGUUCCCUGGUAUAAGAAAUGCUGAGUCCUGAAUCACCUCACGGCGUCGAGUUUCAUCAUGUCCAACUAUUAGUUUUGUGAAACAUGCAAUAUCCCAGUGUGUAUCCCACAAUAUUAACUGAUGUUCUCUUACUCAUAAUGCACCCAAUGACGUAGUCCUUUACUUGCAAUAUAUGUUGCAUUAUAAUGAGUGUUGCCAGCAGUAAUUGCUUAUUGUUUGCUUGUGCGCCUGUGUAGUGCGCUGUAAUUUAGGGACACGUUAUUUAGAUUUUGUAGUGAAUCAUGAAUGCUCAACAGCCAAUUCCCGAGUUCAUUGUGAACUACUAUACAGUACAAAUAAUGUAUGGUGUCGCGUUCUCUCACUUCUUAUGAAAGCAACAGCCCUGCAGGACCAGCCAGAUUGCAGGUUCGUCUGUGGCUUUAUAGGGUUACAUGCAGAGUUGUGCAUAACGCGUUACUAGUAAUUGCGCUUCUUGUAAUCAAUUACUCAUUUGAGUCUCAAAUUUUUCGAGUAAUCAGUUACUUUACUGUCAAAGUAAUUUUUCGAAUAAUCGAUUACUUUUCUGAGUAAUCGAUUACUCAGUAACUGAUUACUUUUCCGGCAGAGAUUAACCUAUCUUUCAGAUGCUCUACCCCAAGUCAAGCCCCUCAUGCGGUCAGCCUUUCUUGGGCCGUUCUAGAAUAGCAAGCGGAGGUCAUUGUGUUGACUUUCUGGAAUUUCAGGGUCGCUCUCCCUAAUCUCUUCCUACACCAGUGUGGUGGUACCUGAAGCUUUGGAGGUUUAGUGAGUCAUGGGGAAGUUCCACGCAAUGCUCUUCGACAAUCGGGUCAACGUCUUCACGGGCGAUAAAUAGAGGAGACCUACAGAUCUACUUGUCCUACACGUUUUUGUACGCUGUUGAACCUCUUUUUUGUUUCUUCGUUUCUUUUCUGAGGCAUACAAAGACUGGUAUAAUUUGCGUGAUUGCAAAGUAACGACCGCAGUAACGCGUUACUUACGAUUGAUUACCGGUAACGGUAAUCAAUUACUUUUUUCGAGUAACGGGCACAAGUCCGGAACUUACAUGACACCACAUGGGGGGGCCACCCUCACGUGGUCACCAAACUGUGUUUGUGGCGCGCCGAAAUUGUGGUGCCAAUACAGUAAGAAAUAAAUAAAUUAAACGAUUCCAAAAAGCAUUAAAAAGCUUUCAAUAAAAAUUUAAUAGCAUUCCAAAAAGAGAUUCUCCAAAAGACUUUACCGCCGACGAUUGACCUGAAAAGCUACGGUAUUUAAACGCAUUUGGCACAAUGUCCAAAGAUGCCGCCAAUUUUGUAUUGUUCUUUAUUAUCAUUAUUCUUAUUGUUGUUGUUACAUGUAAUUGUUAUUAUGUCUUAUUAUUUAUGCGUCCUCAGGGGCGUGAAGGAUUAAAGAGACGAGUGGAGGAAACAGUGGUACAUGUAGGUGUGGUGUAGCGGUGCGUGCGUUUUUGUUUUGUGAAUCAGCAAAGAGAUUUCUAGAACCAGCAAGCAAGAGCCAUAUCAAGUGAGAUGUUCCGCAGUCAGUUACUAAUAUAUCUAUAAUCGCGACUAACGCUCAGAGGACAUGGCACAAUUAUAUGUACUACUGCUAUUUUGUGUACUGCUGCUUUUUUGUACAUGUACUCAGCAAGUAUGUAUGUCUGCGAAAUUAUUCACCAGCUCAGUUCUUAAACAUAAUAAGCAUAAAAAUAGCUGACUACAUAUUGCGCACUCGAC